GACUCCCCCUCCCUCUCGUUCCGCCAGUGUAGCGGAAAUCCGGAAAUCCUCUCUGCGAGGACGACGAAAUACCACCUUCCCCGCUCCUUACUCUCCAGAUGGCUCCCUCUCAUGUUCCUAGGGCGACGCCCGCCGCCGCAAAGGCGGAGCGCGCAACGCCCACCACCACUACUCCGGCACAUCUAACUAACGGGCAAGCCUCUCCCCCACCCGUCUCGGUCAACCGGAAGAAGCAGAAGCGGAGGCAGAAGCAGGCUGCUCGCCUGGCGGCGGAGCAGCAGCAGCAACCGCCGCCGCCGCCGCCGCAGGUUCACAGCGGGUACAUGACCUCGGACGUGGCCCAACAAAACGGGCGGCCUGCCGCCGGUUACGAUGUGGACGAGGAGCCCGAUGACUAUGAGGACGCGGAACCUGACCAUCAGGUAAAUGGUGACGGAUACUACGACGGCGAUCACGCGCAUCACGGGUUAGCGGCGUCAUCCCAGCCACCCACGGGCAAGAAGUCUAAGAAGAAGAGAGGGAAAAAGGGUCGCUCGGGCUCGCAGACGCUGCCGGAAGAAGGCUCAACCCCCCUCUCAACACCAUCACUCUCCUUGUCCCAUACGCUGCCGCACGCUGCCCCCCCUCCACAUGUCGCUCCCCGAUCGGCCCCAAAGUCGACAAAGGACCGCAGCAUCUGGAAUACGUCGACGCAAGAGGAACGGGAAAAUAUCAAAACGUUCUGGCUCGAGCUGGGUGAAGAUGAACGGAGACAGCUAGUCAAGGUAGAAAAGGAUGCGGUGCUGAAGAAGAUGAAGGAACAGCAGAAACAUUCGUGCAGCUGCACGGUCUGUGGCCGGAAGCGCACCGCCAUCGAAGAAGAGCUGGAGGUCUUGUAUGACGCGUACUACGAAGAGCUCGAACAGUACGCAAAUACGAACCAAGGCGUCUUCGAUAAGGGCUCCCCAAUCGUCCCGCCGCCACGGCUAUACCAGCAUUCUCUGCGUUCGCCCGGACUCUACACCCGAACACAAGCACAAUUCCAUCCUUCUCGUGGACGCGUCCAGGAGUUACCCGAGGAGGAGGAGGGUGAUCUUGAGGAAGAGUACGACGAAGAUGAAGAAGAGGAGGAGGAAGAAGAAGAGGAAGAAGAAGAGGAGGAGGAGGAAGAAGAAGAAGAAGGAGAAGGAGAAGGAGAGGAAGGAAUAGAGGGAGAAGAGAAUGACGCAUAUAGUGACGAUGGUGUCGAAGACGAGGAAACCCGCGCUGCUCGUGCAGACUUCUUCGCGUUCGGAAACAGUUUGACGGUAAAAGACGGUAUUCUCACAGUGGCAGACGAUCUACUCAAAAACGAUGGGAAACAUUUCAUCGAUAUGAUGGAACAGUUGGCCGAACGUCGAAUGCAACGCGAGGAAGACACUCAGUACGGUAUGGUCGCGGCACAUCAAUCUCUCCAUGCAGGUCAUAAUCACGGUCCCCUCGACGAAGAUGACUACGACGAUGAGGAGGAAGAAGAAGAAGACGAUGACUACGAUAGUCAAGAAGAGGAAGAGUAUGAAGAUGAUGAAAUGGAUGCGAUGACCGAGGAACAGCGCAUGGAAGAAGGGCGCCGGAUGUUCCAGAUAUUUGCGGCUCGAAUGUUCGAACAAAGGGUAUUAACGGCGUAUCGCGAAAAAGUUGCGGAACAACGGCAGCAGAAGCUGAUCGAAGAGCUCAUGGAAGAGCAAACGCGAAACGAGCAGCGUUCAGCCAAGAAAGCCCGCGAAGCACAGAAGAAGAAGGACAAGAAAAAGAUCCAGCGGCAAGCCAAGGAGGAGGAGAAGGCCCGGCGGGAGGCCGAGAAGGCGGCAGAAGAAGCGGCAGCCAAGGCUGAGCAAGAGAAGAAACUGGAAGAGCAGAGACGAAAGCGCGAAGAACAGCGAAAGAAAAAGGAGGCCGAGAAGAAGGCACAGGAAGAGGAACGGGCUCGCAAAGAGGCCGAGAAGCAACGCCGGCUCAAAGAAGAGAGGGACCGGCAAGCCGAAGCGGAGCGAAAGCAACGCGAACAGAAAGAGCAGGAGAGGAAACGCCGCGAGGAGGCCCGACGAAAGGAGCGAGAGGAACGAGAGUCGCGGGAAAAGAAGGCCAAGGAGGACCGGGAGCGGAGAGCACGAGAGGAACAACAGGCGAAGAAGAAGGACAAGGCCGAGCAAGGAUCGAAGGACCGGGAUAAACGGGACCCCCCCCAUGUUGCACCCCAGCUGGUUCCAACAGCGAUCGCCAAACGCACCUCGAAUCCGGGGCCUGUCCCCAUCCCGUCCGGGCUACAGCACGCCCCGUCGCCUCACUUCCAGGUUGCUACUCCUAUCGUCGCAAAGGCCUCUACCCCGGUUCGACCGCGCCAGCACUCCCAGCACGGUUCACACACGUCGUCACCCCGGUCUCAACCGGGGAGCACCGAACCAUCGCAGCUAUCCAUCUCUCCGCGCUCCGUCCCGCUGUCGCAGUCAUCAGGCACUUCGAGUGUGACGUCUCUCAAGGGUGCCGCAGCCCAGCAGCCGAUCCUAUAUCACCCACAACCCUCGGCGCCGUUAUCACCGCUAGGAGCUGCGGGGCGUAUGCAUCCUCAUGGAUUCCCAGCCAUCAAUGGGCUCCCGUCGAAUCCUCCCGGGCUCUCGGGAAUGGUCCCUCGGCCACCGCCGAUGGGUCAUGACCUGCCGAUGUACCCGCCGCACACGGGGCCUUUGGUGAACCAGUACCGGGGAUUUCCCGCGCCGAAUGGAAUCCCGAUACCCCCGGGAAUGAACGGCGCUCGCCCUAUACCCUCUGGUCGGGGGGGAUUUCCUCUCGAACCCGGCCAGGGACUCCCUUUCCAUGGGCAACAAGCGAUAUCGGGAGCGUUCUCCGCUCAGCCGGGUGUGCAUUCCAGACAACCUUCGAGCUCAUUUGAACGAUCUCCCCUCCAGUCGCACGCUCAACCAUUCCCUAUCUCCCGCCCAAGCCCCAUCAAACGACCAUCAAGCAGCGCGCAAGACCAGCAGCACAAGGAAAACGGCCACGCAACGCAGCGAGAUGUGGAUGAUCUGAGUGCGCAUCUGGGUAGCAGCGCGCUUCUUGACGAUACCGACAUUCCGGCUCCAUCGAGCCUGUCACAGUCGUUACCAGGCGCCACUGUUGCGGAGCCUUUCCACGGACCAACGCGAGCCAGUUUUGGAGGCCCUUCGCUAUUCACAGACCCACUGGGUGUGGUACCAAAACCUCCAAACUUCUCGAUCAGUCCUGGCGUAGGGGGGGCCACCUGGGGGAUGCAGAUUCCCUUUGGAAGCCCUGCGUUUCCCGGUGCCCCGACGUGGGGAGGGUCAAGUGGCGGCGGCUGGUCGAACAAUGCGUUCGGAACCUCAGGUCACCACCGUGCUCACACAUCCCGGCCAGUUGCCAUCCGACUACUGGUCAUUCAGGCCUGCAAGCAGCUCAACACCAUGAGUCCCGGCAAGACAAGCUCUGCGGGCGGUCACUUCCACGACGCCAACCUGGUGCUCCGGCAAGUAGAGCAGCUGCGGCCGUCGAACGAGCCGGCCAUCUCCCUCAAAGAGAUGCUGGACAUCUGCGACACAGAGGGCAACCCGCAGAACGGCGGGGGGUCGUUCCUAGUCCGCGACGACGCAGACGAGGGCAAGUUCGUCAAGUUCGAGCCGGACAGCAACAGCGCCACCCCAGGCCAUCACCGCGGCAGCAUUGUCCCGGGCGAGAUCGGUAGUCCCAUCCCGAGCAACAGCUUGCCUGCCUUUGGCGGGAUCGGGAUGUCUUCAGUACUACGGCAGUUCUCCUCACCCCCGACAGGUUUUUAAAAAGUUGUGGCCGUCUGUCUCACCGAUCUCUACAAUACGACUUGACUCUUUUAAAGUGUGAUUAAUCGUGUUGCAUACGUCUUGGAUGAAUUCUCUUCUUCUUCUUCUUCUUCUUCUUCUUCUUCUUCUUCUUCUUUUUCUUCUUCGUCUCCUCUUCUACUCUACUACUUCUCCUUCUUUUUUCUCAAAGCGUCAUGUUCAUGCUCACCCACGUAUGUGUAACCCGCAUUUUCUUGGCUUGCUCUCGAGUCUCACGCUUUUUCUAUCAUGUAUGAGUUAUGUGCAAACCUCUAUGCAGCGAUCUCUGGAGAAAUACCUUAUCCUUGUGAUUGAGUAACAUAUUCCUUUUCCUCUUUCUUUUUUUUAUACACCAUCAUCAUAAGUAGAUUAGUUAUGUAGAGGGUUCACAGUACCAGUUUCCUAUAUAAGUACUAACUACACAGUGUCUACAAGAU